AUGGACCUUCAGGGGACUAAAGAGGCGCGCACGCAAGAGGAGGGCGCUGACGGCCCGUUGGAUCGCUCCAAGGAGUAUCACAAGAACGAGGGGCGCGAUUCACAUAAUCAUGACAACACAUCGACCGUCCAUCCGCUUCGUCGCCAGCCGCAAUUCACUUAUCCCCCGGGCCCUCAUUCUCCGAGCACAACCCGCCGCGCCCCUUCACCGUCGCCAGAGGCUGUCAUCAUUCCCCAGGCGCUCGGGUUAAGCUCCCGCGAUGUCCGGUUACUAUGCAGAGCCCGCCGACACCCACCCGUCACCAAACGGACUCUGAGUGAACUCGACUUGCCUUGCAUCAUGAGUAAUAUCAACCUGCGCAUGGACGCCAAUUUUGACCGAGACCUGCAUUUCAAGCCCGACCUCGACGGCGAAAAGGGCAAACGGAAACGGAAGGAGGCUGCAGACUAUUGGGACUCCAUGGCCACGGAAAUCGCCGUCUAUGCUUUCUGCGCAGCGUAUCCCGAUGCGGAAGCCGACAGUUUAACGGCAGCCAAUAGUUCUAAUCAUUCACCGCGUACUUUUGAGCCCCGAUUACCCGCCAUGUUCGAGACUCUACAGGAGAUUAUCAAGACUUUAGUUCCCGAACGGGACCACCCGAGCGUGAUGGAAAACCUGGAAGUGGCUUUGCUCAUGCAGCAGAUCCGAAAGGGGGUUCUCGACAUGGUGGCGUUAGCCAAGUGGAUGGCCGCUUUGUUGAAAACGCACUGUGCGCCCAUGCGGGAUGAUUGGGCGGAUCGCAUGGUUGAGCAGAUCACCCAGGGCUCUCAGUCGCAAGAACCUAAGGAGGUCGUCAAUGGGCUCCAAACCCUCUUCGCUAUCUUGGAGGCCAUGAAGUUGGAUGUGGCCAAUCACCAAAUACGUACUUUCCGGGUCCUUCUGAUCGAAGACACCGUGCCUUUCCUGCAUGAGUAUUUCGAAGGUAAAAUUAAACGCGGAAGCUUUCAAGUGGAGCCCUCGCGGCUUUGGUACAUCGCCGCGCGGUCUCGCCUGGAGGAAGAGGAUGCAGCGAAGGAUAGGUCAUCUGCGCAACCGGAUGACAGCCUCAAACCCCUCGAGGCCAUGUUUCGCGGAAUCCUCGAACUCCUCCUUCAGUUCAACGCGCCUAAUGAUUUUCCCGACACCUUCCUCUUCGACUCGGAUCGUCUGUGGCAACUCAGAUCUACCGUGCAGAAUCUGAUCAACCUUGAAAUUGCAUGGUAUAUCUUCGAGUCGCAGCGGGCGAACGACCGCGAAGAUCCCGAUCUUCGCGGCGGGACACGCUGGAUGCAAAAUAUGCGCAGCAUCGCUCUGGAGAUUGCCCGCUUUGCCUGCGCUGCUUGCUGCCUCGACUCGAUCGUAGCCGAUGAAGUCAUCAGCCCCAUCGAGGCAGCCCUAGAAUGGCACCUUUCCAACGACUCGGAUCUUUUCCGGUAUUUCCAGAAUAUCAUGCGUGAGAAGAUCCUCACCGCGACACUUGCCUUCACUCGCCAGUAUCUUCCGCUCUCGCCUCUUGCGAUCUGCGAGUCCCAGCGGGUCCCUCCGCAAGUGGCAUCGACGUCGCUGACACCCCCCCUCUACCUCCUCCUCAUCUUCCUCGGGGACCUCGACCUUGUCAUCUCAGCAGGCCCUCACUCCACAGCAAUAUGA